AGCACCCCUAAUUUUCCCUGAUUUACGUAUCGCUGUCAAUCACACCCAAUGGAAUCCAAUCAGAAAGCAAGCGGGGACGGACUGGCGGGGACGCAGAAGGAAGCAGCACUGCGGGCGCUCAUGCAACGCACAGGAUACCAACUGCAGCAGGAGAACGGCCAGCGGCGGUACGGCGGCCCACCGCCCGACUGGGAUGGCCCACCACCGGAGAGAGGCAGUGAAAUCUUUGUGGGGAAACUACCGAGAGAUCUGUUUGAAGAUGAACUGGUCCCUCUGUGUGAGAAGUUUGGAAAGAUCUACGAGGUGAGGAUGAUGAUGGACUUUAAUGGGAACAACCGAGGUUAUGCCUUCGUCACCUUCAGCACCAAACUGGAGGCCAAAGCAGCCAUGAAGCAGCUCAACAACUAUGAGAUCAGAAAUGGCCGCCUCCUCGGAGUUUGUGCUAGCGUUGACAACUGCCGUCUGUUUGUGGGCGGGAUUCCCAAAACCAAGAAGCGUGAGGAGAUCCUGUCUGAGAUGAAGAAGGUUACUGACGGGGUUGUGGACGUCAUCGUGUAUCCGAGCUCCACAGAUAAGAGCAGAAACCGAGGUUUCGCCUUCGUGGAGUACGAGUCCCACAAAGCAGCAGCCAUGGCCCGCCGCAAACUGCUGCCAGGUCGCAUUCAGCUGUGGGGCCACGCCAUCGCCGUGGACUGGGCGGAGCCUGAGGUGGAGGUGGAUGAGGACACCAUGGCAAGCGUCAAGAUACUGUACGUCAGAAACUUGAUGUUGCAGACCACAGAGGAGACCAUUGAAAAGGAGUUUAACAGCCUCAGACCAGGCGCAGUGGAGCGAGUGAAGAAGAUCAGAGACUACGCCUUCGUCCACUUCACUCAGAGAGAGGACGCCAUCAACGCCAUGAACGCACUCAAUGGAAAGGUGGUGGAUGGCUCUCCUAUCGAGGUGACUCUAGCCAAGCCGGUGGACAAAGACAGUUACGUCCGUUACACCAGGGGGACAGGAGGACGGGGAGGAUCCCUGCUGCAGACCGACUAUGCUGCCUACACUCUGGGACAGGUGUACGACCCCUCAGCGGCGUAUCUCGGUCCGCCCGUGUUUUACGCCCCCCAGGCCUACACUGCCAUACCAGGUCAGUUCCGCUUCCCACCGGCCAAAACUCACGUUGGAGGUCGAGGUCUGAUCAGAACGCCGUCUGUUAGAGAAAUUUACAUGACUGUACCUGUAGGGGCUGCCGGGGUGCGGGGGCUGGGUGGGCGGGGCUACCUGGCCUACGCUGCCGGGGUUGGAGCCAUGGGUCGAGGCGGCAGCGGCAGUGCCGCCUACGGCCUGAAGGCAGACAAGCAGGCAGAGGAGAAGCUGUAUGACCUUCUGCCAGGCAUGGAACUAACCCCUAUGAACCCUGCUGCAAUGAGUCUGAAGGCCGCCGCCAUCAAACCUGCACCACAGGUUCUGGACGAGUUGUGUCAGAAGAAUAACUGGGGUCAGCCUGUCUAUCAGCUCCACUCUGCUAUUGGCCCAGACCAGAGACAACUCUUUCUCUACAAGAUCACCAUACCAGCUUUGGCUACACAGUACCCCAACGUCCAUCCCUUCACCCCUACUAAGCUCUGUGCGGCUGUAGAAGAAGCUAAAGUCCAUGCAGCCGAGCACACCAUGCAGACGCUCGGUUUGCAGACAGAGAGUGCUGCUGACGCCAGCUGUGCUACUGCUGCCGCUGUGGCCUCAGUAGCCUUUCCAGGUUACACUCUGGCGAGCCCGGCGGCGUCUGCGGUCACCUCCCAGCUGAAGCAGGCUGUGUCUCUGGGUCAGGAUUUGACCACCUACACCACCUACGAGGGCUACCCUGCCUUUGCUGUAGCGACACGUCACACCGACGGAUAUGGCGUUUUCUAGAAGAGUGGUCUCCAACAAGGAAAAACAUCGUAGCUGAGGAUGCAUUCACACUACACUGCUUUUUUGUGGGCAUUUUACAUUUUAAAUCAGUUAAAAUGUUUUAGUUUUUUUACUCAUUGUUGAUCACAGCGUGAACUUGCUGGGUUAUUUCUAUGACAACAAAAGCAGAAUGGUUUGAAUGCACCUUUUUGCUGCCAGUUGCAUGGUGGCUGCUGUCCAACUGUGGACUUUUGUCCUGUCACGUUUUGAAAAUUGUACCCCUUAAACAAUUUCAUCACCAGUCACAUCAUUUUCAGUCUUCUUAUUGUCUGUCUGCUAUUGCGCCUUUAUUUGAAUUAUGUGUCCGUACAUAUCUGUGAUUAUUUUUUCAUUAAUUUAGUAGCUGGCCUUUGAUUGGCAGUUUGAAAGUUUGAAUGAAUGUUUUGUCUUGUGUAGUUUUUAGUGUUUUUUUUGCCUGCUUCUAGUAGUAUGUUUACAAUAUUCAAAAACUGAAUCGGCUCAAUAGAUUUUGUUAUUUUAUGCUUUUUUGUAACUGCGUUAUUAUCUCUAAGAAACUGCCAUUUGUUGUUCUUUUGAAUGUCUUACACUUCCAGCUGCAAAAUUUAGUUUUGCACCGUUUCGACCAUUUCAGCGGUUUUCCUGGUAGGCUCAAACGGAUGGAAAAUAAGAUAACAGACAAAAAUCAGAGUCUGGGGUUUUAAAAUGGGACACCUGUGGUAGAUCGCUGAGGUAUUCUGGACUUUUAGUUCUUUAAACUGUGAAUAUUACGCCUUUCCACCAACGUUUUGGUUUGUGCAGCUAGUUUGGAACCUUUCGGACCUGGAAAACUUGGUUCCCAACCGGAAAAAAAAAAACAGCAGGUUUUCCUUGGGAACCAAAGUGAGUGUGUCAUAUUCUACAGGUCAUCGUGCACUGUGCAGUGCUCUUUGUUGACAAUGGAUUGUUGAUUAUAAUGGUUAUACACAAAACCAGUGGAAAUGCAGGCUUCACUACAUAGCACCAAGGUACCAAGAAUAUUGAACAGAACCAGUUCAAGAACCAGAGCUCAGUGGUUUUUAGAGUGUGCGCAUCCGAAAAGGAAUUUAAUUACCAUUGUGUCAUAAACUGUUAACCAAUUGUUGGACUAAAAUAUCUGAUGUGUUUUACGUAUACAAAAAGACAAAAGCUUGCUAUCUCAGUCAGCUUUUUUAAACACUUUAUUACGACUACCUGUAACUCUGUUCUACUGCUAAUUUGAUUAAAUCUGAUCAACAUAUUAAAACAACACCUGAAUGUAAACCUCAGAACCGCAACAGAAACAUUGGCUGUCGAAAUGCUUCAGGUCUUCACCGUCGGGUGUGGACUUUCCCCUUUGAGUGAUAUUUCUUUACCAUGUUUCAGUAUUUUCAUGUUCACAUUGCGUGUUGUUUGUUCCACUUCUAUGAAAAAAAGGCCAGCCAGCUGCGAUCCUAGAACUCGCCAUCCAAUCCAAUCAAAGUCCAAUCAUUUUUCUGUGACUUGGGCCAACAUAAGCGUGAACCAACAAGCUCCCAAUUAGGAAAGACCUUUGACGUCUGUGUCUCUUAAUGGUGGUUACAAAUAAGAUGGAGCAUUUUGUGAAUUUGACCUGAAUGAAAACUUCCUCAUUGAAACAACUCUUUAAAAUUUCAUUUGAAAAUUCAAAAUGAUAAGAUUGGAACGUGAUUGUUUUUUUUUUCUUCUCAUCAGCAGCACAGAUCAUUCAGUUCAAUUUGAUAUUUGUUUCUUCUAUUUGUUUGUUCUUGGAGAGUUUUACAAUUGAUGACACAUGCUGACAUCCGAGCUGUGAACAUGCCAAAGCAGAGACAGUAUUAAAGUGUGCGAAGCACUUAGAACUUAUUUUUAUACCAGUAAAAAGAAUAUCCAGACGCUAUUUGUGUGGAGAUGUUUUGCACUCUCUUUGCCUCCAUAAUUGACCUGGAAAGUAGAAACGUGAAACUGAAUCAAUUCUAAUCUGUGAUGAACAGAGAAUUGUGGGUAUUUGGAGGGGUUUCAUAUCAUAAAAGGAAACUGCAUUGAUACAUUGUCAUGUUUCAUGAUCCAUAAUCUUCUCAAAAUAA